AUGCGACCAGGCACAUUUUUCGCCAUAUUUACUACGCCAUCUGUUCGUCUUCUCAAUGGCACAAUAACUGGCUCUCGGUGUGCCUAUUCAGAAGCCAACUUCUAUCUCGCCAUUCCGUACGCAAGGCCGCCAAUAGGAGAAUUUCGAUUUGCCGCUCCUAGUAUAUUCAACGCCAAAUAUGGGGAUGAUGGCAGUCUUAAUGCCACUUUGCCGGCUGCAAGCUGUCCUCAGUUUGGAUCGUCGUCUUUUGCAGAAUCAGGAGUGCAGUCGGAAGAUUGUUUGACUUUGGAUGUAUAUGUGCCUCCUUGUGCAUCAAUUCAAUCCAAAUUACCUGUGAAGGUGCGGCUCUACGGUGGAUUUAAUGAAGCAGGAGGCAUUUCGGAUGCAACAUACAAUGGAUGCUUCUCUGCCAAAGACUCAAUUGUUGUGACAGUUAACUACCGACUUGGGCCACUUGGCUACCUCUCAGUUAAGAAAGCUGGCCUCAUGGGUAAUUAUGGCCUCCAAGACCAACUCCUUGCAUUAAAAUGGGUACAAUCCAAUAUAAAUGCUUUUGGAGGUGAUCCAAACAAGAUCUUGCUGUUCGGCCAAUCCGCAGGAGCACCUGACACUUUCGCUCUUGGCACGAUCAGAGAGAUUGAAUCAAUAAUAUCUGCUGCUGCUAUUCAGUCCGGUGGUAGCCGAACUUUGCCAACAAUUGACGAAGCUGAAAACUUUACUUCAAAGUUUGUUGAAUUGCUUAAUUGUACCGUCUUUGAUGCGCAAUGCAUCAGGGAACGUUUUCCUCCCUGGUAUCGUCAAGACCCAAUGUGCCUGCCUGCCCUUGAUACAAACCAACAAAACAAUGGUUUCGGGUACGGGUGGGGUCCAGUGGUCGAUGGAACAUUCAUUGAAGAACAGCCUGAGAAGAUUGGUAUGCGAGUGCCCAGUAUUAUCGGCAAUAAUGCGAACGACGGGACGCUCUUCGUGCUUGCUCAGUAUGGGGCAGCCUUGACUAAUAUUACCGAGUCCCAGUAUCAAGAAUUUCUCCUGUACAGCUUCGGAACACUUGCUUCAAACGUCAGUACACGUUAUCCACUAUCCAAAUAUAACUCCAGCGUUAUUUCACCCGGGUUCUCCGCAAUGUCAGAUAUCAUCACGGACUAUGGAUACAGGUGCCCAACGUUCCGGGCGCUGAAAGCUACAGAAGCCAGAGGUGUAAACGUAUGGGCCUACAACUUCAAUCAUACACCCACUUGCUCAUGGUAUCAAGCUAUUCCAAACGAUCCUGAGAUACUGCAGCUACUAGGACCAACUCAUACCGCGGAAAUCCCGUAUGUCUUCGGACUCACGAAUCAUCUACCGCUGAGUGGAUCGCCUAGUAGCAGGAGCGGCAAUGGAAAUUGUAGCUUUGAUAAUGCCGAAAUAGUUAUAUCACAGUUUAUGGAACACGCUUGGACAACCAUGGCAAACGACAAAAGACCUACCCUCACACAUGUUUGGCCAAAAUGGAACAGGAACUCUUAUACAGGUAUUCAGAUUAAAGAUUUGAUUGAGAUAUCUGAAAUGGAUUAUAGGAAUUGCGCUUUCUGGGAUAAUAUUAGUGGUAGAGUAUAA